CGCGGAGGCGAGAGGAUGAAUAACAAGUUCGACGCCUUGAAAGAUGAUGACAGUGGGGACCACGAUCAGAAUGAAGAAAACAGCACACAGAAAGAUGGUGAGAAGGAAAAAAUGGAACGAGACAAGAGCCAGAGCAGCAGUAAGAGGAAGGCUGUUGUCCCUGGACCGGCAGAGCAUCCCCUACAGUACAACUAUACUUUCUGGUACUCCAGGAGGACUCCAGGCCGUCCCACCAGCUCCCAGAGUUAUGAGCAGAAUAUCAAGCAGAUCGGCACCUUUGCCUCUGUGGAGCAGUUCUGGAGGUUUUAUAGCCACAUGGUGCGGCCUGGGGACCUGACGGGCCACAGUGACUUCCAUCUCUUCAAGGAAGGAAUUAAGCCCAUGUGGGAGGAUGAUGCAAAUAAAAAUGGUGGCAAGUGGAUCAUUCGGCUGCGGAAGGGCUUGGCCUCCCGUUGCUGGGAGAACCUCAUCCUGGCCAUGCUAGGAGAACAGUUCAUGGUUGGGGAGGAGAUCUGUGGGGCUGUGGUCUCUGUCCGCUUUCAGGAGGACAUUAUUUCCAUAUGGAAUAAGACUGCCAGCGACCAAGCCACCACAGCCCGAAUCCGGGAUACACUUCGGCGUGUGCUUAACCUACCUCCCAACACCAUUAUGGAAUACAAAACUCACACCGACAGCAUCAAGGCCUGGGAGGAGUUUCAUGGCCUGGUGAACAGCAGCGGCCGCUGAUCGGACGCUCCCCCUCUGUCUCUCACACUCAGGGGACAAUUCAAGCUUUCGAAAUACAAAAAUCACAUUGUGAAAGUACACAAGCUGGCAAUAAUCCUUUUCUGUAUGUGUGUGUGUCCACGCUGGAGGGGAGGCCCUGCCGGUCCCCCAUCUGCUCACAGAAAGGACGGCCCUGGGCCGCGGCUCCCUUUGCACUCGCCCGCGGAGGCGGGCUCCACCAGACGCCCUCCGGCACCCCUGACUCGCGCCGCCGGAGUAGAAAAGCCCUGCUCUUCCCCGGGCCUCUGGCCGCGUGCCGUCCAGAUGCCGCCCCGCGUCCUGCCGCGGGAAGGACACCGGAACCGCGUGUCCGCG